CAACUUUUGAACCAGGUCGAGAUGGCGACGGAGCAUAAGUAUUCGGUGCUUUUGCCAACGUACAAUGAACGCGAGAACCUGCCGCUUGUAGUGUGGCUAUUGGACUCUACAUUCGUCGACAACAAACUCAAUUACGAGAUCGUGAUCGUAGAAGACAACAGCCCAGAUGGCACGCUGCAGGUGGCACGCGACCUGCAGAAACUUUAUGGCAAGGACAAGAUCGUGAUUUUGCCGCGUGAGGGCAAGCUAGGACUUGGAUCCGCCUACCGCGACGGCCUGAAGCAAGCGACAGGCGACUAUGUGUUCCUCAUGGAUGCUGAUCUCUCGCACCACCCUAAAUUUAUUCCUGAGUUCAUCAAGAAACAGGCUGAAGAGAACUGCGAUAUCGUCACAGGCACGCGCUACGUCUCCGGCGGCGGCGUGUAUGGAUGGGACUUGCGUCGCAAGCUAACGAGUCGCGUGGCCAAUUACUUGGCCACGGUACUGCUCAAUCCGUCAGUCACGGACCUCACGGGCAGCUUCCGACUGUACAAGCGCGACGUCAUCGAGGACAUUAUGAGCGCGAUCCAGGGUCUGGGCUACGUUUUUCAGAUGGAAAUCCUUGUACGUGCGCGUCAGCGUCAGUACUCCAUUGCCGAGGUGCCGAUCACCUUCGUCGAUCGCAUCUACGGCGAGUCGAAGCUAGGCGCCGGGGAGAUCGUGGCGUACCUCAAGGGACUCUUCAAUCUUUUCUUUACGACGUAA